GUGAUCAUCAGUAUAAUCAUCCGAUUUUAAGCAGUGCUACCCAGACCCCUACACAUGAGAAGCCAAGGAUGAACAACAUCCUGACAUCAGCCACCGAGCCCUAUGACCUCUCCUUCUCCCGCUCUUUCCAGAACUUGGCUCACCUUCCCCCCUCCUAUGAGUCUGCAGUGAAGACCAACCCGAGCAAGUACUCAUCUCUGAAGAGGCUAACUGACAAGGAGGCUGAUGAGUAUUACAUGAGACGGAGGCACCUGCCUGAUCUGGCUGCCCGGGGCACUCUCCCCCUCAAUGUCAUCCAGAUGUCACAGCAGAAGCCGUUGCCCCGAGAACGACCCCGCAGGCCCAUCCGGGCCAUGUCCCAGGACAGGGUCCUGUCCCCAGAGCGGCGCCUGCCCGAUGAGUUCAGUAUGCCCUACGACCGCAUCCUGUCUGAUGAGCAGCUGCUCUCCACCGAGCGCCUGCACUCCCAGGACCCGCUGCUGUCCCCAGAGCGGACGGCCUUCCCCGAGCAGUCGCUGUCGCGGGCCAUCUCGCACACGGACGUCUUUGUGUCCACGCCCGUGCUGGACCGUUACCGCAUGACCAAGAUGCACUCCCAUCCCAGUGCCUCCAAUAACUCCUACGCCACCCUGGGCAAGAGUCACUCCACGGCAGCCAAGCGCCAUGCCUUUGCCUCACGCAGACACAACACGGUGGAGCAGCUGCACUACAUCCCUGGCCACCACACCUGCUAUACCGCCAGCAAGACUGAAGUGACCGUGUGACUGGCAGGGCCCGGCUGGGGCCAUCUGAUGGGCUGGGACCGGGAAGGGCAGGGCAGGGCAGGGCAGGGGUCAGGAGUAGAGCUUCUCUCCUUGUACUUCUCCCUUCCCUGGUCCCCUCUGUGGUAGAUGGGGGUGUGCACCUUGGUCGAGAAAGCCAUACCCCCAGGGGACACAGCCCCUUGGCCUGGUCCAACACUCAGACCCAGUAUCUGAAGCGACUGCUCUUACUCUUCCAGUAGAGUCCCCGGGGAGUGAGGAGAGAGGCGAGGCCCCAGUCUCACUCCCACACCUUCACGGGCUCCCCUCUGUCCCACGUCCCCUCCUCCCCCUUCUGAGGACUCAGUGGCAGGUUCUGUCAGCCAAAAAGACCCUCUCCUGAUCUGAAGCUGCCUGGGUUGGAACCGGCCAGCGGGUACAGUCAGUGGGCUGACCGAAGGGGCUGCUCGGUCUCAUUCAUUGACCUAGAAUGCAUCACGGAAAUCUUCUAGUGCCUACAAACUGCCUGCUCGCUCUCGCAGUCGGAGAGCUGCUGUGUUCAUAAGCACAAUAACGAUUCUCUUCUGCCUGCUGGAACUCUCUGGUCCCCACCAAGUGGCCCUUCCUUUGCUGACCCCACCCUGGCCCUCCUUCCCUCUCUUCAACCCGGCGACAGGGAGCAUUCUGUCCUUCAGCGACAUCUUUGCUUUUGGGACCCCUGUCCUGUUCCAACUGGAGGCCCUGGCCCCCCUCCUAUAGGGGACUGGCUUUCCCUAGGCCUACCUGAUUCACCCUCAAGUUCUCUGGGGCUUUAGCUCUUGUCCCCCUAGCCCAAGGGGAGUAGCAGUGGGCUGCAGGGACUUCAGGAGUGCCCUUCCUGAUCAUCCCCACAUUUCUUCCAGGCCUCUAAGUCUGAACUAUGACCGCCACUCAGGCCUGCCUUCGCCACCCCUGUUUUGCUCCCCGGAGGCACCUUCGGUGGUCAGAGAGAGGCAGGGUGGGGAGGGCCACUGUGAUGCCCAGGAUCUCAGGGGCUCACCAUUCCCAUCUUUCCAGGUCUCUGCUUGUCCUCUACCAUGAGCCUCAGGCAGGACAGAGGCAAAUGCUUCUAGAGACGGGGUGCUCAGCACCCCCAACAAGAAGGACAUCCCUGAGGUAGUUGUCCUACACCAUUCACACUCCUCUUUCCCCCAUUUCAGCCUGUUUGCUGGGCUCCUUCUGGGUUCAGAACUCCCUCUCCCACUCUGGCUUCCCUUCCCCCAUAGCUCCAUUACUCUGUCCUGGCUGCUCUUUUCUCAGACCACUGGCCCAAAGGGGUACAGACACCUUGUCAAAUGCAUUUAAACAAUGGUCUUCUGGGCUGCUGAUCUGGGAGCUAACUAGCCCACCGCCCCCCCCGACACACCUCAUUAAUUUUUCCCUGCAGUGGGCAUCAGGCAGACCCGCGCCCACCCUCUCUGUGAGGGGCUCCACUGCCAGCCCAUCCCAGCCCCUUUUCUGUCUUCAACCUAGAGAGUGGACAAUGGUUGACCGCUCCUGGGCAACUAACCAUGAACAGAGCAGUGUCCGCACCCUCCCCCCAAGACCAGGGUAAGGGAGAUGGGGGCUCCUCCAUUCUCAGAGCCAGGGCACCUUCCCCAGCUGGGGCUGGGGGAAAUCAGUUCCAGACUGUUUGGUAAAGGCAUGACGAGAGAAAAACAAGACUCCAGCAACCGUGCCCUUAACUGGAAUUUGACAUUCCCUCAGUUCCACAUGGAUGGCCCUUUAUAAAAAAGAAGGGUGGGAGGAUUCCUCAGUAUCUACCCUGGGGAUAUUUAAUCAAGUCCACGAACAGCAGAGAGAUCAAUGGACUGCUUCCUCUUACAGAUUUCAAGAAAUUGCAAAGCUCUUUUUCUCCUCCCCUCCCCAAGGCUCACUUCCCAGAGUGAACAGGAAUGCCCGGCAUGAAUCCUGAGGGGAUGGAGGUUUGGGGUUACAAAGAUGCAGCCCUCAGCUUCCCCACUGGGCAAGUGUCUCUGGGACUGUGGUGCCAGGGAGCCAGGGUCCACUUCGCUUUCUUCCCCACAAACACAUAAACCUUCUUAAGGGCUGGUCCCCAUGGGUUUAUGAGUGUUUGUUCUAGAAGGCUGGAGGCUUCUAAGAAGGCUCAGAAAACAAGUAAUCAGUCUAAAUAUAGCAGUUGAUCACUCCCGGAUUUAAAGAUGUGUCUCACAGCUGGCCCCUAAGCCUUGAGAGCCACUUGUUGGCCGAGGGGAUGAGGACAGGACAUGGGUAGGUGAGAAUUCCCUCCCCGGGUGUCUACACAUGCACACACUAAACCCGAGAGCUGGGCACAUCCCAUCUAGGCAUCUUCUAGCCACCAAGUUCUCCAUCCCCCAGGGGGAUGCUUUUCCCUCAGCCCUGUCUCUGACAAGGUGUCUGUCUCAAGGGUUGUUUGACAGGUUGAUCUCAGAAAAUUUCUCAUUCCAGCCUUACCACUGUCUGGUUGAAAAUCUUUGGUGUCCGUUGGAGCAGAAAAUUCUGCUUAGAACCCUUACUUCUUUUAAAGGAUUUUUUUUUCCCUGUCUCACCCUUGAGUCGGGAAGGAGGGAAGGAGGAAAAGAGGGAGUGAAGAACAGAAAGCAAGAGAAAAAGGGAUAGAGAUGGGUUUACAUAGAGACAGGUCUACAAACAUACUCCAAUUCAGUCCCCCUAUAGCAAAAUCCAGAAAACUAUGUCUUUUAACUGGGGCAAAGAGGGACAGCAGUCCCCCACUCAUUCACAGUUUUGCAUCACCCUGUUUCCAUCAAACAUGGUCCUAAAAUAUUAAUAUCUGUCUUGACUCUUUUAACAGAGAAAAACUGAAUUCAUAUAACUUUUAUCACAAUAUAUUGCUAUAACUAUCCUAUCUUAUUACUACCUGUUGUUGCUAAUCUCUUUCCAUGUCUGAUUUCUAAACUUUAUCACACAUGUGCAUGUAUAAGAAAAAAAAAAAACAUAUAUACAGAGCUUGGUACCAUCUGCAUUUUCAGGCAUCUACUUGGGGUCUUGGAGGAUAUCCCCUGCCAAUAAGGGGGGACUGCUGUGUCUCGUUAAUUCAGUUGUCCCAUCAUCUCGAUGGAAUAAGCAAAGUCACAUUACCAGGUAAGUUCCCAUAAAGAGAGGGUUCUGGGGCUGGAACCUAGAUUCACAACUUUCAGCCCCACCAGGUCAGUGGCCUUUGCUACCCCCAGAGGAGCAACACCUCCUUCAUAAUAAAGUACCCCUGUCCCUCCCUAGUAAAGGAAGCCUAAAGCCCAAGAUGUCCCUCUGCUCCUUUUGCUCUUUCUUGCAUGUCUCCAUUGCUCUGAUAGAAAUGGACAGGAGUCGGCACAGGUCUCUCCUGCUCUGUGUGUUCCUCCUGAAGAUCUCAAGAUCCCUUAUGCCCUUCCAUCUUUCCUGUCUUGCUUCCUCCUGCCUAGGAUCCCUUAACCUCCGAACUGGGCUUCUUGCCUCAGGAUUCCCCCGUGUCUUGGGCAAUGGGUCUGCCUCUUAGAAAGUUCCAACCUUCUCCCCUUUUUCUAAGCUCACUCUCUUCUCAACCUCAGUCUCUCUCAUGUGCCAGUUUUCUCUUUCUUCUCAUUUCCCUCUUCCUCCAUUUACCUUCCUCCAUCCCUAAUUUCUUUUCUCUGGUCCUGCUAGAGUCUCUAGUUUCAAGAACUAAAGCUUUGGGUAAAAACUGUGGAAGAAUCAGACAUUGCUCGAGUCCUCUUUUGGUCUUAUUGGUUUAUACUUCAAUUCCUACACCUGUAAGGUGAUAGCCCAGGGUUUAGAGCCAAGGGCUCUCCCCUGCUGAUCUUUGGGAGGGAAGGGAGAGGGUUGCUGGGUUAGAGGUAUCAUGGCUUAAAUAUCAGCCUUGGUUUCUAUAGCUGCAAGACCCGUGAAGCCCCUGCCCCAGGCUUCUACUAGCCCAGAGGCUCCUGCUCUGGCCAAAGAUUCAUACCCUUGGGGGCUCUCAGCAACUGCUCUUACUCAUUUCUCCUUCCUGAUAGUGUGCAUCACAACCUCCGCCCCCCCAUUUGUUCCAAAGGAUUUGAAAGACUCACAGCUCUCAACACAUAGAGGAGUAUCCAUCCCAAGUCCCUGCCACCAAACUCAAUCCAUUUUCUUCAGAGAUAUUCUGUCUGCCACCAGACUUCCACCCUGAUUCCUUCCACAGGCAUCUGUGGACUUGACCCAAGGUAAAAGUUUGAAAGGGCUUCAAUCCCUUGGACCCUGGAAGGCACCUAUUCUAAGAAGUAUGGACAUAUUACCUCCCAUUCACAUUCCUGUCAUUCUCUCCAAAUCUGGGAAACUUUGCUCUGGAAUAUUUUCAAGGAAGCAUGUUGUGUUUUAACGAAGUAUUUUUCAGGGUUCAAAUGUUAUUUUUUAUAAAAUGCAGCAUUUUAAUGGCAGAUUCAAUGUGAAAGAAGUCUUCCUGGGCUCUGUAUUUGGUUUUGGAAGACUGCAGACUUGGGGAGAAAAAGAAAGCAGAGGGCUGUGGCUCCGGAGAUGUGGCUUCCAGCCCUGGCUUUUUCUCCAUCUUGCUAUGUGACCAAGGGGGAAUCAUGUUCCUGCUCAGUGCCUCAGUUUCCCCCAUCUGUAAAACAAGGGGCUUUGUCUAGAUGAGCCUCAAAGUCUCACCCAGCUCUUACAUUCUAGGGCUCUCAUGUCCAUCAACCUCUCAUCUACCAUCCUUUCUCCAUAUCCUUUCCACCUCAACUGAGCUGCACAUAUUCCACUAUGCCUGCCCCUGGUGACAUCCUCAGAAGCCCUAGACAGCCACCAGACUCCUCACCAAAGCUUGGGGUGGGCUCAACAGGCUCAGCCACCCACAGUUACUCUCAGACCAGAAGAUGAAGGGUGUGACCAUUCAAAAGGUCACCAACCAUGCAUCACGGAAGCCUCUCCUGUAGACACACCUAAAUCACCCAGAUGUCUAUGUCACUGGGAAAUUCUGAGUCUGGAGUUUUCAUUUUUGAAGUGGCCCUUUAUAGCUGGAGGGAGGCGAUUCCAAUUUCAGAUAGGGAAUGGACUGGAGGAGGAAAGUUCAGAGCCGGCCUGGGAAUUUGGGGCAUGAAGUUUGUAUCUGAGGACAGCUGGGAAAUACAUUCUGAGCCCCAGAGUUGGCAAAGACUCUGUGUGGCAAAGAAUGUUCUUAAAUCCCACUCUGGAACAUGCAUCCUGAAGACCAAGUCUGGACGCGGAGGCUCCAUUCGAACCAGAGAGGAGGAGGCGCCGCCACCUGGGCUGCUAGGAGGUGGGCACUCACCCCACUCUAGUAUCUUUCUAGCCCCUCCUGUGACACUAUUGUCCUCCCCAUGAAGGCUUGUGAAGCAGGAAUGGAGAUUCCAAGUUGGUCUCAUCCAAACCAUCUUGUAAAUCGGCAAACACAUAAACCUUCCAUUGUUCAGAAAAAUGAUGCUGUCUGUUUCCUUAAUCCCCUCCCUGUGGAGGGAGAGGAAGACCCUGCUCAACUGUGCUGCCCACCCUGCAGUGACCCUUGAGAGAGCCACUCCAUGGGAGGACCCAUUCAUUUGCUUUGUAGUGGCAAAUAUUCGUCUAGUUCUAUAACUCCACUGGACAUUUUGUAGUAAAGAGUUCUUGAAAUUCUCUAAUAAAAAGCAAUUCUUACUGUAAUAUUUUUAGUUUGGGGACACAAUUUCCUAAGGGGGGGAUUAAUGAACAUUUUUAUGCAUUAGCCCAAUUUAUGGAUUCUAUGUUUAUUAUAUGGUAGUAUUGAUGAACAGUACCUUUCUAUCCGUACCUUUGCACAGUUUAUUCAUUACCCAUAUGUAAGCUUCAUGGCGAGCAGUGCCCUUGUUACUGCUUCUGUACAAAUCUCAUCGUCCUACUUACCUGUCAAAGCACAUUCUAUAUGUACUGUAAACAGGUAUCACUUUAGUAAGAUUUAGUCUUAAGGAUUUUUCCACUUUUGUCAGUAACAGAUAUUUAUGGAUUAAAAAAAAAAUAAAGCUGUUUCAA